AUGUUUGAAGCGGUGGAGUCAAACAUCAUUCGUUCUUCUCCAAUCCACUCCACCGAGAAACAAUUUGCUGGCAAAAUGUUGUUCAAAUCAACUUUCGAAUAUUCUCACAUUGCAGUCGACGGGAUCGAUCACAAUGUGGUUGCUGAGCUGUGCUCCUCCAAAUUUCUAAACAACCCAUUCGCAAAGUCCAAAUAUCAAAAUAUCAAGAACGAUCCUUCGGGAAAGGCCAUCCUUACGAAACGCAUCGCGAACAUUAUUCGACGCUCUAAAUACAGCGUCAAUGUCGCAAUUUCGGCUUUGAUCCUCGUAGAGCGUUUUCAUGAAGCCAUCAUUGCGAAGAAAAUACCCUUUUCCCAAGAAGUAGAGGAUGCUGGUCACCUUUUCUUUAUCGCCUACAUGGUAGCCGCCAAAGUCGUUUGCGACAACUAUCCUUUCAUAUGUUUUUGGAGACAAGUCUCCAACUAUGAAUAUUCAGGAGACGACAUCACUCGCAUGGAGUUCCAGUUCUACGACGUCGUGGGAUGGAAAGUUCAAAUCGACGCAAAAGCCUUCAACCGCGGGUUAAUCGGAAUGAAGGAGUCGUAUUCCAACCAAAUUGGGUACAAGUUGCCAUCCGCACCUGCCCCUGUGUAUCGGAGGCUGCAAAAAAAUCAAACCGCUCGAACCAUAACGAAAAUUGGCCGGGAGGAAUAUAUACCUAAUCCGAUUCUGGAGGAGGAGAAUAAUGAGGUGCUUCUUGUGCAAGCGUCACCGGUGACUAAGUACCGAGGAGAGGAUGACCCUUUUGAACACCAAGUAGAGUUUUUUCACAUUGUUUUACAAGCGACCCAAUUUCCUUGA